AUGAGGCAGCAGCGCGUCACCGAAGUGAUAGACAAGAGGGGGAUGGGGAUGGAUGUUGUAGAGGUUGUAGAGGAAGAAAGGAUGAGUGAUUGGAAGCGCGAGCAGUGGAACAGGCAGGCCAGGGUUAAAAGGGCCGCUGCUGCUGCUCCCCCGGAAGAAAGGGCGCCGGUCCUCUUCGUCUCCUCUCUGGAUGCUGGGGCCACCCACGCCACGCACUUCCGUACACGCACUUUUUGCUCUCGGCCAAGAUUCAUUCAAAAAUUACACCAAAUUCGUUCUAAAGAAGCUCGGACCAUCCGCGCCGCGCGAUCGGCACAAACAAGAAAAGCAUCCCCAAACAAUUCGGUUUCACGGCCACCAGAAAAUUCCUCCAGACCCUGUAUUCCAGUGGUGUGUUAUGCCGGCCACGGUAUCAAGGUCGAUUUAAAUCCCUCCAUUCCCCAAUCUGUUGUUGUCACUCCAACUUUGGCGGCCAAGGUACGAAAAAGACGUUCCCCAUAUUUAUUCCAUACUAGGCCGUUUUCCUGUUAG